UUUUUUUUCAAAUUUGUCCUAAAAAUUAUUUUAUUCGAAAUUCAGCUACUGCAAAACUUCCAGCGUCAACCGAUUUUAGUGUUAUUACUUGUUAAGAAGAUAUCAAUGAUGUAUAAUAAACGAAAAAAACUAGUACUCAUUCACGUGUUUUUUUUUAAUUAAAUGAUAUGAAAGUGAAAAAAAAAAACUUAAAAAACGAAGAAAAUUGGGUUUGAUGCAAAAAUGAGGAGAAACGGUUGUCCGCAGAAAAAAAGCUUUGAGACAAACAAAAACUGUAAUAAAUUCUUGAAUGGUUAUCCGAUUUCCGAAAAAAUUCUGGCACUUGAGAAACUACACUUUAUUCAAUGGUAGAACUUAUAGCUCUUUAUGUUAUAAAUAUAUAAUAAAGCUUGCUUAUGGGCGCCAAAAAGUGCUAACACCGGCACUGCUGUGACCUUUAUUUUAUUUUGCAUCACUGCUUUCUAACAUUGGACCAAUUUUUACGUUUCUUUCCUCACACUUUUAUGUAUUUCCUGUUGAUAUUAAUUGACUGGAACUAGACGGUAAAUAUAAGAUUAAAUAAAUCCAUACUGGAAUUGGUGGCUCCAAACAAUAUUUCCAUAAUUUCCCUAUAAGGGUUUUACUAUAAACACAACAAGACAAACUUAAUAGGAGCGUGGGAUGCCCACUACUUUUUUGUUUGCAAAAUUUGUCUAUGCAUAAUCUCUCAAUGCCAAAUGGUAUUAAGUAGGUAUUUUAUUUUAGUGCAAAAUUAUAUUUCAUGGGUGGAAGUUCUCACCAUAGUCAAAAGUGAUGAGUGAUACUUAAUGCGGAAUCGGAGUUUCAGUUAUCUAAGAAACUACCAUCAAACCAAACACAAGUUAAAUAGUGAUCAUAAGAAAAUAUUUGUGAUAAAUUUAAUUUUAUCAAAUAUAAAAUAUUUUAAUAUUUAUUAGAAUUUUAUUUCAAUGUUAUUGAAAAUGUGUAAAGAAAUUUGUUCAAGCUUGUGGUGUGUAGUAGUUAUUAUACUAUUAGUUGAAAUAGUUUUUAGUGCACCUCAAGGAUACGACUAUUAUGCAAAUCAACAAAGAAAUUACUAUGCCCAAAGAGCAGCACAAAUUCAACGUAUUCAGGCACAAAGAAUUGCAGCACAAAAUCGUUAUUACCAGGAAUCUUUGAAAUCCACUACAACACGAAAACCUGAAAACAAAAUUAAUAAAGCUGAUUCGGAGAAUGCGAAAUUUCUUGGUUUACAAAAUCAGGAAUCUGAAGAAUCAAGUAAGACAUUUAAGAAAAAAGCAAAACAGUUAUUUGGCCCAGGUUACGGACCAGGCUAUGGACCAGGCUAUGGCAAUGGUUGUGGAUUAAAGAAAAUGGACGAAAAGAAAGGUGAAGGACGAGUGUUUUGGGAUCUUAACGUUUAUAAUGUUUAUCCUGAUGGAGGUUGUGGUGGUGGAGGUGUUGGAGGUGUGGGAGGAGGUGGACUUAGCGAUCCAUAUCCAGGAGAUUUUGGUGGAGGAUAUCCUGGUGGUUAUGGAGGAGGUUGGGCCGAUCCUUAUUAUGGUUACCAACCCUUUCGACCCUUUCGAAAUUUGCUUGGACUCUUUCUUCCUGGUGGAGCUUUGAGUGGUGUCAAUAGACCGCCCUCGCAAGCGAAUUCUCAGUCUGAUUCAACGAAUUCUGGUUCGAGCUCUUCUGCUCCAACUCCACCAAAUUUUCAAUUUUUAUCUGACUCAGAUGUAAUGAUGGGUAUAACGCCUAACCAAUUGGUAAGCGGUGUAGCGAGUACACUUAACAAUGUGUUUCAGCAACUAUCUUAUCCUUAUUACGGUUGAUGAUUCAAGAUUAUUCUGGCGUUGUUAUCUAAGUGUUUAAAAUUUUGUUGAUGUAUUUAAUAAUAAAAAUAUUAGUGAUAAAUUGUA